AUGACCCAGAACUCGAACGAGUAUGUCGGGAGACCAGCGGAUUGCUCUGGCACCGGCUCAUGCUCCUUGGGGACGAUUUCGACCCAAAAAUCAUCGUGCAGCACCAACGCCAUCAACAGGCGACCCAAGAAGUCUGCCAGGGACGAGGAUCACAUCAAACGUCCAGAGAACGCCUUCAUCCUCUUCCGACGCAAAACUUGCGAGGAUCGCCAACAAGCGCAAGAAGAGGCCGCUACCGCAGCAGAUGGGCCCACGUAG